AUGGUCUCCUACUAUCCAGCCAUACUGGUACUACUCCUUACCUUCGCAUUAUGGGGCGCUGCGCCGCGUGUCUUCGUCCAUGCAGAACUGCUAGGUCAUGUGGACCAACUUGCAGACAAGACUUUUGACUUUAUCAUUGCUGGUGGUGGAGCGGCAGGCUCAGUUCUCGCAAGUCGUCUCUCUGAAAACCCCAAGUUCGGCGUCCUACUCGUCGAAGCGGGUCCAGACAAUGUCGGUGUUUUAGAGAUCAUGGCCCCAGGAUUGGCCUUCCAAAUUCCUAGAACCUACAACUGGAACUUUGUCAGCGUUCCCCAGCGUGGACUCGACAAUAGGGCGAUCAACAUACCCCGAGGGCACGUCCUUGGUGGGAGCACCUGCAUCAAUGGGAUGCUCUAUACUCGCGGAUCAUCGGACAACUACGACAAUUGGGCAAGAAAUGUCGGUGAUCAGCAGUGGUCAUGGAAGGCACUCUGGCCUUACUUCAAGAAGCACGAGCGCUGGGUUGCACCCGUCGGCAACCGCAGCAUCGAAGGGCAGUACGAUCCCAAAGCCCACGGAUACAACGGUAAAACCUUCGUUAGCCUGCCCACAAAGGGCCCAGACGAGCACUCCUUCCGGUGCCUCAACAAUACCAAGCUCCAGCCCAAACUCUUUCCCCUCACGCUUGACAUAAAUGGUGGAAAACCGGUCGGUUUGACUUGGACUCAAUGGUCGAUUGGGAAAGGAGAAAGGAGUAGCGCUGCUACUUCCUAUCUCACACCUGACGUUCGGAGGAGACCGAAUUUGACAAUCCUCGUAAACGCAUACGUCACUCGAGUCGUACCGAGCUCAGUCAACGGCCCUCUAGACAUUAGGACUGUCGAGAUCGCCCCUCGUGCCGGAGGCGCUUCCAAGACCUUGACCGCGAAGAAAGAAGUUAUCUUAUCAGCCGGUUCAUUCGGAACACCCCGAAUCCUCCUCAGCUCGGGGAUUGGCAACAAAACAGAAUUAGACCUCAUUGGCGUAAAAGUCAUCCACGACCUCCCAGAUGUCGGAGAGGGCUUGACAGACCACGCUGCCAUCGAGGCUAGAUGGGGCACGACCGCUACACAUUUACCCCCCGUCGAUCCAGCGGAAGCAUUGGCUGAAUGGCAAGCAAAUAGGACAGGUCCGCUAACCAUGUCGAGUGUUUCAUCACCUCAGCUGCUGUGGAAUCGGAUAUCCUCAGACUCGCCCGUGUUUAAGAAAUAUAGGGAUCCUGCUCCAGGCCCCAACUCACCUCAUAUUGAGAUGACGCUUAGGUCGCCGGGGGGUCCUGUUACUCCCGAAAGCAUCGUGCUCUUGACUCCCUACUCCAGUCAGCACCCUCCAUCUCGUCGCAAACUCCCGAUGCUAACACCGCCUUCAAACGGAAUGCACAUUUCAGGAGGAACCGUCAAAAUCAACUCCACCAACCCCUUCGAUGACCCUUUGAUCGACUACAACUUCCUUGGCCACCCAUUUGACAUCGAAGCUUUCAAAGAAGGGAUCCGCCUCGGCAAGAAAUUCUAUAGUGGGCCAGUCUGGCAGGGCUAUCGAACGAGUUUCCUGGGGCCUGAUCCAGAGACCCUCUCAGAAGACGAGUUCCUUAACGCGAUAAAGCCUAUGGUCAGUUCGUGGCAACAUCCCGUUGGAACUGCAGCUAUGUCGAAGCGGGGGUCGAAGCAAGGGGUCGUUAAUCCGGACUUGAGGGUCAAGGGUGUUAGGGGCCUUCGGAUCGUCGAUGCUUCCGUUAUAGUGAGUCUCUGA